UAGGAGGCGUCCGGCGGAGUUUGUGUGGCGGCCGCCGCGGGAAUGGGAGCGCGGUAGUUUUUUGUUUUGUUUUGUGUUUUUGGAGGGAGAAAAGGCGGCUUCGCGGGGCCCGGCGGAGCGGGAGCGAGCGUCAGCGGCCAUCUCCCGGCGGUGAGAGGCAGCAGCAUGGAGGGCGAGCGGGGCCGGCAGCGCGGCGGCGGCGGCGGCGAAGCGGCUCAGCAGAAGACGCCGCGGCCCGAGUGUGAGGAGCCGCGGCCGCUGAGCGUGGAGAAAAAGCAGCGAUGUAGACUUGAUGGCAAAGAAACAGAUGGAUGUAGGAUCGUUACCUCCAGUGGAAGUGACUUCAGUGACCCAGUUUACAAAGAGAUCGCAAUGACAAAUGGUUGUGUCAAUAGAAUGAGUAAGGAGGAACUCAAAGCCAAGCUCUCCGAAUUUAAACUUGAAACAAGAGGAGUCAAGGAUGUCCUAAAGAAGAGAUUGAAAAACUAUUACAAGAAGCAGAAGUUGAUGUUGAAAGAAAGCAAUUCUGUGGACAGUUACUAUGACUACAUUUGUAUUAUUGACUUUGAGGCUACUUGUGAAGAGGGAAACCCAGCUGAGUUUCUACAUGAAAUCAUUGAGUUUCCUGUUGUUCUGUUGAAUAUACACACCUUAGAAAUAGAAGAUACGUUCCAGCAGUACGUGAGGCCAGAGGUUAACUCGCAUCUUUCAGAUUUCUGCAUCAAUCUUACUGGAAUUACUCAGGAUCAGGUAGACAGAGCCGAUGCUUUCCCUCAGGUCCUGAAGAAAGUAAUUGAGUGGAUGAAGUCAAAGGAAUUGGGCACUAGGUAUAAGUACUGCAUAUUAACAGAUGGUUCCUGGGAUAUGAGUAAGUUCUUGAACAUCCAGUGCCAGCUCAGCAGGCUCAAAUACCCUCCCUUUGCUAAAAAGUGGAUCAAUAUUCGAAAGUCAUACGGAAACUUCUAUAAGGUUCCUAGAAGCCAAACCAAACUGACAAUAAUGCUUGAAAAAUUAGGAAUGGAUUAUGAUGGGCGGCCUCACAGUGGUCUUGAUGACUCUAAGAAUAUUGCUAGAAUAGCAGUUCGGAUGCUUCAAGAUGGAUGUGAACUUCGAAUCAAUGAAAAAAUACACGGAGGACAGUUGAUGAGUGUGUCCUCUUCCUUUCCAGUAGAGGGCGCUCCAGCUCCACAGAUGCCGCACAGUAGAAAGUAGCUGCAUUUUUAUCUGGAUCAGUUUCUACAAAUGAAGAGGUAGCUGAGGAAUGCAUCGGAGCUAGUGCAACCUUCAUGCACCUUAAACAUUUGAAAUCGUACGACAAUUACAGAUAGAUGGGUGUGUAUGCAAACAUUUUGUGGGAGGACACACUGACUUCUCUGUCACCAGCACUUUUGAUAGGAGCAGUAUUUGUCACACAGUAACCAUUCCUGCUUAGAACUGAACUUUAAUAAUAUAAGGUGUCCAAAAUGUAUUCCUUUGGUUUUAAUAUGUGAGGUUUUAUUGGUUCAUUCCUUGAAUGUCGUGUCUUCCUGAUGUUGAAAUUUGAAAUGAAUUUCUACAUUAACACCAUUAAAUUAAAUAUGUUUUUGGAAGUGUGGAAAGGAUUGAAAAGUAGUGUUUAUGUUCCCAUUGGAUUUUACAUACAUCAUAGUCCUUUUCAUUUUUGAAGUUUGUAGGUGAAAUUAAUCUGCGGUCCUCUUCUCCAUAUCAUUGAGGGAUUUCUUCCAGGAAUGCCGUGUGGGUACCAGAUUCUACAGAUGUUCACGUUCUGUACCUCCAGUAGCAUGAUGUUUGUAUAUAAGCUGUGCAUAUUCUAUAUAUUCUAACGAUCUCUAGAUAGCAUACUUACUAAACUAUGAAGAUAGUUGUACUGUUUAGGGGGAAUGACAAGAACAGAAGUAUCCAAGUUGGUACGCACACCACCACAGUAGGCCUCACCACAUAGCACACGAAGAGUUUACUCAGCCAGCACCAGCUGGAAACAAACUAGGUCUGAGGUGAUGGGAGCAACAGCAGUUGUCCUGUGCGUCACAUAUCUGGUCUGCUCAGUUUAGUGCUUGCAGGGCAGCAAAUUCGGGUAGUUCUUUCUGGAACAUUGCAUGAAUUCAGGACAGGUAAUUGCUUCCAAAGGUGUCUCUCACUAAGCUUGACUACCUGAGUUUGAUCCUAGGCACCACAUGGUGGACUGAGAAUCAAUUCAAGGAUGUCCUUUGACCUUCUACUUGUACACUGUUAGAACUGAGCCCACACAUAUACACACAUGCACUUCCAAAACAAAUAAGCAAAAUGUAAAAGUACUGGGGCCCCUCUGCCAGUUUCAUCUCAUAACUGGAAACCUUGUCAUAGAUGACAGGGUCUAGUUAAAAAUCUAGUUAUUAUGCUGGGCGGUGGUGGUGCACGCCUUUAAUCCCAGCACUCAGGAG